AUGGAAAUGUUGCGCAACUGCAAAGGUUUGAUCCAUCGUCUUGCGCUAUUUCUCGUGAUCGCGGCGCGCAUCGCCGCUGCCGAUUCUUCUGGCAAGCCUGUCGUCCCUGCGCUGUUCAUUCUCGGCGAUUCUACUGUGGAUUGUGGCAACAAUAACUGGCUCUGGACGGUCGCGCAGUCGAAAUUUCUUCCCUAUGGCAGGGAUUUCGACACUCAUGAGCCGACUGGAAGAUUCACAAAUGGACGCUUGAGCAUCGACUAUCUAGGUGUAAACUUUGCCUCUGCUGGAUCCGGGAUCCUCAACGCUACUGGCUCGAUCUUUGGUCAAAGAAUUCCAAUGCAGACGCAGCUAGCUUAUCUCAAAGACGUCAAGAGCGAGCUGUCCGAGAAGUUUGGCCAAGAGCAAACGAACGAAAUCUUUUCCAAGUCGAUCUUCUACGUUUCGGUUGGAAGCAACGACUUCAUCAACAAUUACUUGGUUCCGGGAUCCAGUUACUUGCGCGACUACAACCGCAAAAGCUUCAUCGAUCUCCUCAUCUCUGGCCUCGACGAGCAGCUCAACGAGCUCUACAGCAUUGGAGCCCGACGAAUCGUCGUCGCUUCUCUGUCUCCACUCGGCUCUGUACCAUCGCAGCUCGCGAAGUUCUCAACGAUCAGACUGGAUGGUUCCAGUUUCCUCAACGACAUGUCUCAGCAGUACAACACCAAGCUCUUCGAUCUGCUCGUCCGCCUGAGAUCUUCGCUCAGCGAGGCAGAUGUCAUCUACAACAGCCUCUACAAUGUUCUCAUGGACAUCUCUGGGAAGUACUCGCAAUACGGUACGCGAAAAACUACUCCAGCUUUUUUGCUUUUCGAUCGCUCACUCUCAACUUUUCAAGGAUUUCUCUACAAUGACACUGCCUGUUGCGGCCUUGGCAACUUCAACGGCUCCGUCCCUUGCUUGCCAAACGUUCCAGUGUGUGAGGAUGCCGCACAGUACGUUUUCUGGGACGAGUAUCAUCCCACAGGCUCCACUUACAAGCUCAUCGCGGACAAGCUAUGGUCUGGAAACAUCAACGAAAGCUAUCCGAUCAACGUGAAAACUCUCCUCGGCCUUUGA